CACUGCAAGAGAGGACACUGAACUUUGGACUACAGCUGAGGGGUGAAGUAAACAACAGGCCUAUAAAUAUCAGAGUUUCUCUGCUUGGCUGUGUGGCGCGGUCCCAGCAAAGCAAGGAAGAAAGGAAGCAGCUUGCUUGGAAGGGGUUGUGAUAACCCCAACCAUGUGGAGAGGACUGGGGCUUGCCCUGGCUCUCUGUCUCCUUCCCUAUGGAGGAGCAGAGAGUCAGGGGAAAAGCUCCGUAUGUAAGCAACCUCCAGCCUGGAGCAUAGGGGAGAAAAAUCCAAUGCUGGACUCCCGCGGUACUGUGACUGUGGUCGCUCUUCUUCAAGCCAGCUGAUACCUGUGCAUCCUGCAGGCAUCCAGAUUGGAAGACCUGCGAGUAAAACUGGAGAAUGAAGGAUAUUCUAAUAUCUCCUAUGUUGUUGUUAAUCACCAAGGAAUCUCUUCUCGAUUGAAAUAUGCACACCUUAAAGAGAAAGUUUCAGAUAAUAUUACUGUUUUCCAACAAGAAGAAGACCAGCCAGAUGUCUGGACUCUCUUAAAUGGAGACAAAGAUGACUUCUUCAUCUACGACAGAUGUGGCCGUCUUGUAUACCAUCUUGGUUUGCCUUAUUCUUUCCUAACCUUCCCAUAUGUAGAAGAAGCUAUUAAGAUUGCUUACUGUGGAGAUAAAUGUGGAAACUGCUCAUUCCAGACUCUUGAAGAUGAAGAGUUCUGUAAAAAUGCUACUGUGGGCAGACCAACACAAGCUCCGGAGCCACAGCCCCACCACAAGCAUCACCACAGGCAUGGGCAUCAGAGCCUUGGGGGCAGUGAGCCAUCAGAGAGUGCGCAGCCAGGGGCACCAGGUGCUUCUCCGCAUUCCCCUCCUCUAGGCCUCCACCACCACCACCACCACCACAAGGACAGGGAAGGUCGCUUGGAUAGCUGAGAUCUGCCAGGAAGUGAAGGUUUAAAACUUUCACUUGCACAAAGGAAACUGUGCCGAAAGGGAUGUGUAAACCAAUUACUGUGCAAAUUGUCCAAAGAUUCUGAGUUAGCUCCCAGUAGCUGUUGCUGCCAUUGUCGACAUUUGAUAUUUGAGAAAACAGGGUCUGCAGUCACCUGACAGUGUGCAGAAAACCUUCCAUCUUUAUGUAGCUGACAGGGACUUUUUGCUGAGGAGAAAGUCAUUGAAUCUUGACAGUGACGAUCACCUCCGGCUGCCUGACAAGCAAGUCAGCAGCUUGAGCCCACACAAGUCAGCCCCAAAUGAAGCUGAAAUAAUAUGCCGAAAAAGUGAAAGUGACGUUCAAACUAAGUAUUUUAAAUCAGAUGAACUCCUCAGCUCAGUCUAGGCAAAAUUUUUACUAGACCCCUGAUUAAUCAGUGAAGUAAAAAUAGGAAGUGGAUUUGUGCAAACAUGAAGAAAUUAGUUAGAUUGGCUUCUAAAUUUUAUACCAUCGAAUUUUUAUCCCAAACCAAAUUUUUAUUAUGGGGCAACUGAAAAGUAAAUGCAGUUUUUGGUUAAUAUGUCUUUCUUUUUCUUCUUCCAGCAUUCUAUUUGUAUUGAUGACAACAGAAACGUAAACUAUAACCUAGGGGUUUCUGUUGGAUAGUUAGCAAAUUAGAACGGAGGAAGAAUGACAAAGACAUGCUCUCCAUUUUUUUCUUUGCUUAUUUCUCAAAAAUAUAUCCUUUGUCUUUUAAAUCUUACACUUUUAACUGAUUAAACCUUCAACGAAGUGGAUUUUGCUUAAGAUCCAAAAAUAAUUAGCACAUUGAAAGUAUAUAUGACUACAUUUUUAAACAUCCAUUUGUCUUUUUUAUAUCUGUGACUCAUAGCUUAAAUUUUACUGUCAUGAAAUCUUUGCAUCUUGUUUUCUUUAACAUUGUAUCAUUCUUCUGAAUUUUGAAUGUUGUCUUGGAAGAUGCAAAAAGAAAGGAUAUGUUGUCUACUGACUGCUUACUAGCAUUUCCAUAGUCAUUGAUGGUUUAAUAGGGAAACUAAGCCCUGUAAACUUGAACACCUUAUGGAUAAUACUGUCAAGCAAGAAAGUAGCACACCAGUGCAUAUAGUAUGGAUUUGUCUAAAUAAAUUUAAUAAACAAGCUUAA